ACUUAGCAACAAUUAGACCGCCAUUUCUGUUUUGUGGAGACUGAACUAUAUCGUGAGCGAAUUAUCACUGAUAAAAUAUGGCUCAUACUGUCAUAUCCAUGAAGUUACCCCCAAACAUAGAUCCUACGAAAGCACGUCUUGCUUAUGGGGACCGUGCACUACCCAAACUAAACCGUGAACUCAACAGUCCUGACCUGUUGACGAGACAGAGGGCAUUGAUGUCACUUUGUGAUGUGAUGCACAAUCCUGAACAUAUAUCUGAGGGGUUGAGAGUUGGUGUUGGUGCAAGUUUAAAGUCUCUGCUCAAAGACUCUGAUGGUACAGUGAGGCAUAAAGCAACAGAAGUGCUAAGCAUCAUUGCAGGUCAUGCAGUUGGACGUGAUGCAUUUGUGGAUCACAAAAUGAUUGUACCAUUAUCAGAACUGUUUGAUGACAACGUCUAUCAGGCCAGAAGGAAUGCUCACAAGGCCAUAGAGAUGUGUGUACACAUGAGUCCAGGUACUGAGGGAGUUGUUGAUGCAAAGCUUGUUCCAGUUUUGGUGGGAAGACUUCUCAAAGAAGAGGAUGAGAUCAAGGAACUUAUUUUAGACACCCUACACUACUGUAUGACAAUAGAAACCCAGUCUGCACUAGAUAGUGGAGCAAUGGAGAGUUUCACAAAAUUACUGUCCCACAAGACAGCAGCAAUCAGAGCAAAAGCUGCCAGGGAUGUCAUGGAUUUAAGUUUUCCUCUUGAUGGCAAGGACAAAGCAGUAGAUGUCGGAGCAAUUCCUGAACUGGUGUUGCUUCUUGAAGAUGAUAACACUGACGCAAGAGCACAAGCUGCUGGUGCUAUUAUGACAAUUACAAUAACAACUAAAGGGAAGUACGCAGCAAUAGAGGAGAAUGCGAUUCCUAACCUUGUGAAAUUGCUAGACGACCCUGAAAGUGAAGUUAGACUCAAUGCUCUUAAGGUAUCAGUAUGUAAACUACUAUGUAAAGUUGUAAUGUGCAGUAUCCUGUCUUUGUUCAAUGUCUACAUAAGCACUCCAAUGUCUCCAAAAAUGUUAUCCAAUUUCCUGUGCAACCAUGAAUUUCUUUAUUAGUGUAUCACAAAUGGUGUCAAUGUGUGUAACCAGCAAAAAAUUUGUGCACAAAUUGGUUGAUCUUCUAGAAGUAUAAGUAACUAAUUGAGAACAGUGGUAGCAACUUUUUAAAACUGGUUUGAUCUUGUUGUAACUUCUUUUUUUUACUGUUACUCUGCUUCUUUUUUGAUGUACAAACAGGCCAUUACAACUCUUGCAGAAGCCCCUAUUGGCAGAACAACACUGCUGGCUUCGGUUAAUGAGGUAUCCAAGCUUAUUCAGGAUCAUGACAGUCCAGCAGUCAGAAAGGCUGCACAGAUAGCUGUUCAAGUCAUCACUUGGAAGCCAUGAUUGAUUAAUAUCAAUUAGUUUUAAUAUUGAUACAAAAAGAAACACUUGUACUUUAUAUAAAUAUUUUGUAUAUAGUCUCUUUGUAAAGUUACUUUCAUGUUGUGUAUACAAUAUGUCUGCAGUCUUUUUAAAACAGAAAAAUGCAAAUAAAACUAGUUUGCAAUCAUUGUAAUCUAAAAUUGUUAAUAUAAACAAUAAUUGAUUGAAAUUUGGUGUCACUGAUGUUUAAAAAAUGGCAUAGUUCAUGAAAACUGAAAAGCUGCAUGCAUUAUAAAUUUAAAGAAUUUCAUGAAAAAAAAAAAAGUGAAAGGCAUUUUGGAAUAAAGCAUGCAAGAAUGUUACAACUGGAAGAACACAGUACUUAACUGAUUAAGGCCUGCAUAUGGUGCCCGAUUAAAACACUGCAGCAAAUACCCUGGUAGACAGAUAUGGAAAACUCUGAGAAAGGCCUAAUGCAUGAAAUAUUAAAUUUUCUUUCUUCUUUCAUGGUAAA